UGUGAGCAAAUUUGGUGAUUUUGUCGGUCCCGACGGCAACGGCCCUAUUUUACUCACCAUCAUACUAACCCCCGGUGCGGUAUCAAAGUGAUUAAACUCGUGAGCAUUUUCACUUUGCUCGCGAUUGCUGCGGAUGCCCUAAGAUUUUUCGCCAUUUUUCGUCACAAUAGGUAGUGGAGAUAGUUUCUUAGAUUACUCACGGAGCUAUCACGACGGCACGGGAACCUCAUUUCCAAGUGAGUCAUUGAGCCAUCAUGAUCUGACGUUCAUAUGUGGCACUCAACCAACCGCUCAUUAUCAUUAAGCGCAGUUUGGAAAAAGUUCUAUCAUUCAGCACUAUCUAAACACACAUGUGUGUUGUGAUAAAUCGUAUCGUACUGACCUUUCCCACUGAUGUUGUGGCACGCAAUUAAAUAGAGGCGGGGAAAUUGACCGCGUCCGUCGUUUGACGUAUACGAAUAAGCAAUACUGUAAACAUUUUUUUAGCGCUUAUCCACGAGGGUAAUCCAGAUUGGAUGAUUAAAAAGUUAAAUUGAGGAAUCUGAUAAAAAGAACAUUAACUCAGUAAUCUGGUGCAAAUUGGCUGCGUCCUGGUCUAUCUUUAAAGAUUGUUCAUAAAUCCCUGAAUCCGCCCUGUAUGUUCGUUUUGCAAUCAGAGAAGGCAUUGCGUUGUUAGGGGAGGAUAUGCUAAUUUGUUUACAUCAUGUGGCUUCAGCGAAGUAAUUUCAGUUAGUCGUUCCGGAUAAAUUUUCUAAAAUCGAUAGUUUACAAAAUUCUAUAACGAUUCAAAGGAAGUCUAAUCAUUUUUGGCCGGCAAAGCGGAAAUGGAAGUCUCUGAAAGCUAGAUUAGCCUUUAUUGUCGUCUGAUUGGAGAAUUCCUGCGAAGCGUUACGUUCCUGACGACGGUGGCCACUCCCUUUUGGACUAUCCAAGGAACCGCCAGAAAGCAGUGUCAAGAAACAAGCUUCCAGUCUACUGGUAGCGGCGGUGAUGCCACUGAAGUCCCUGCACCAGGUCCAACAAUCUGGCGGCAGGAUGAAGAAGAUGCUGCUGAUACUGUGCUGCGGGGUGUUGACGUUGCUGACCACAGCACGGGCCAAACCUACGCUGAACUUUCAGCUGUCGCAAAUUCCCGGCUUUACCCAGAUCAUCGAGCGGAAGCUGCAGGAAUCGAUGAAGAACUACAGUGAGCGUCGCUUGGAUACGGGAUCGCUGCGGAUGAUCUACUUCCACGAUCAAACGGUGGCCGUCGUGGAGCUGGGACCGGAAAAGCGGCUGAUCGGUUGCGAGCUGAUCGAAAUUUACAACGAUGCAGAAGGCCACGAACUACUGAGGAACCUCUCAUCUAUAAAUCGACCCUUGGAGAUCAGCUUCCGGGACAUGAUCAAGCUGAUGGACCAGUGCGAACAGGUCGAUCGCAUCAACUCCAAGCUCCGGUUCCGGGCAACGGCCGCUCCGCCAACGCGAUCCGCACCAGCAUCACUCGAUCACGUUGCCUACCGAAUAAACGAUUCGGAUGACGAUGCCGAGGAGGGUAACGAAGAAUCCUCAACAACUUCAACUUCGUUGAGCAUCUUCCAGCUGAUGACCGGCGGCGGAAAUAGGAAUGCGGUCACAAGCGGAAGUGAUGGCGGGAGUCAAAAUAGUCGCCGGGGGAUUUUCAAUACCAGUCCGUUUUCACUGCUCAGCGGAAUCAUUCCCGGGACCAAGUGGUGCGGCACCGGGGACAUUGCCGAUACCUAUCACGAUCUAGGGGAUGACGCAACCAUGGAUCGGUGCUGCCGGACUCACGAUCUGUGUCCACUGAAAGUUCGGGCGUACCAGAAGCGGUACAAUCUGAAUAACAACUCGAUCUACACCAAAUCCCACUGCAAGUGUGACGACAUGCUGUACGAUUGCCUCAAGAAAACUAAUACCUCGGCAGCGCAGGUCAUGGGUUCCAUCUAUUUCAACCUGGUCCAAGUCCCUUGCGUCGAGGAAAUGCCGAAUGGAACGAUGCGGUUUCGAAAGGCUCGGGAAGGAUUCUGAAAUGCCUGAGGAAUCCCGAACGUGUCCUGUCGAAGCAACAAAACAAAACUCUUCAAGUGCCUGAGUAAAGUGUAGAAUCUCUUACGCGAUAGCCAAUGAAAUGUGUGAAACAUGUCUCUCUCUCAUUCGAUUUUUCGAAAUUGGCUCAGCAACUAACCAAAACACCGAAAAACGAAAGUAGUCAUGGUUGGAGCGUUGAAUCAAAUAGUUAAGGACUCUACAACAAAAAAGUGCUAAAAUAGUAACAAAUCGAAAACCAAGUUGUAAAAAUUUAAACUUCAAAAUGUCUGUAUUUUGGCGAAGAAAACAAGAAAAAGCGUUGUUGUGAUUUAUGUGAUUAUUUUCGUUAAGCAGAAAACUACACGUAUUAUUUAUAAGUAUUGCUAGCAAGGGCGUAGACCAAUCAUUGGACGUACCUACAUACAGAUGUAACUCGAGUGCUAAUAAUUACGGAAACGUUUUCGCUUUUAGUCGUGUACUGCAACAUUUUAUAACUGUCCCCAACCUUUCUACUCCGUUAACUGAUCGGUUUAAACUUGUUUCUGUUCCCGUCUCGUCAUCUAUCUUUACAAGUCUCGCGAUUUAACGGAUGUUUGCAGUUACAUCACGAUAACUAGCCAACAGUAACAAUUCUUGAGCCGUCCGUUUCCAUCCGAGUGGUGAGCGAGAUAUGUUGGCAUGUCUUGUAGAGAAUCCGCUAAGAAAAAAUAUCCGCAUUUCCUCGAGCCACGAUUUUCUUUAGCUAGAGGCUCGAUCGAGCGAAGAAAGCUGCUGCUGCUAUGCGGCAGCAGCAAUUAACGUGAAAGAAUUGGAACAAGCAUCGGUAGUUAGAAGGAAAAAAAAACUGCCGCGAAUAACAAUCGUUGAUGCAAUCAUUCAAGCAAAAAGAAAAACAAUACUUUUCUUCAACUUUUUCAAGUAAUAUCAAUUCAAAUCUGAAAAGCUGUUCAUUUCUAGAUUGAAAAAACACCAUAGUAGGUUAUUUUCUCUGCAUCUUAGAGGUUUUCCCAGCCUACUUCAGCAAUCCGCCAAACCAACAAACUACCUACUCAAACACGUGUUGUUGCACUAUGAUAGACUGGCAAAAACAAACUUCAAAUGCACGCAUCUUUCCUCCAUGGUUGUUGUUAGUCGGUGUAUUUUCCGAUGUUAAACCAACGGCAACCUGCAAGUGUUGGAAGUGAAAAUUUACCAAUGUUCAGGUUUUUUCCUAAUUCAAACUUUUCCUUUCAUUACUUUCUUCGUUUAAAACUGUAAGCAAUACAAAGUACUAGAAUAAUCGAACAGUUUAUGUUACAACAGAUAAGAGAACGUUGAAACAGAAAGCAAUCACACUGAUGUUCUUAAUAAUGAUCAUCAAAAAUGGUACAUACUGUGCUCUAUUUGUUGUUGUAUAGGGAUAUUUAGUCAACAUGGUUAGAAUCUAAGCGGACAACAACAUUCCUGUGUAAUCCUUCGCAAUAGUCAGUUUAAGGUAUAGCAAAUAAAGUAUUUAUUAUUUUGUUAA